UAAACAUUGGGGUUUAUUCAUUUUGGACACAGAUUAUGAGCGUUCCAAAACCACAGAUGGAGGAGGGCUUCAGCUUCUUGUCCCUGAAAGUUGUGUUGCUAUUGGUUCUCUUAGUGCAGUUUACAGUUGCUGACAGUCACCAUAAGCAUGCUGGUGAUGGGGUGCAGCCACUGUCCAAGAUUCAAAUCCACAGAGCCGUUUACGAGCUUCACGAAAAUGCUUCCGUCAAAGCAUACCCUGUCCUUCUUGGCACCAAGGGGGAAGAUUCUCAGUGGGUAACUGUUGAAGUGGCAAGUCCUAAGCCUUCUGAAGAUGAUUGGUUGGCAGUAUUUUCUCCUGCAAAUUUCAACUCAUCGACCUGUCCAUCUACCGACGAUAGGCAAGAGACUCCAAAUAUAUGCUCAGCUCCAAUAAAGUACAGAUUUGCCAAUGAUUCCAAUGCUGAUUAUGUGAAGACAGGCGAAGCAUCUCUAAAAUUUCAAUUGAUCAAUCAACGUGCAGAUUUUUCGUUCGCGUUAUUCUCAGGCGGGCUGUUUAGCCCAAAACUGUUGGCAGUUUCUAAUGCUGUAAGUUUCGUGAAUCUGAAUGCACCCCUUUACCCACGUCUUGCUCAAGGGAAGUACUGGGAUGAAAUGACAGUAACCUGGACAAGCGGCUACAACAUUAUUGAAGCUGUACCUUUUGUUGAGUGGGGUCUUAAGGGAGAAGCUCAAAUUCAAUCUCCCGCAGGAACAUUGACUUUUCAUCGAGAAAGCAUGUGUGCUCCACCAGCUCGAACAGUAGGUUGGCGUGAUCCUGGUUUCUUCCACACAAGUUUUCUAAAAAAUUUGUGGCCAAAUUCAUUGUACACAUACAAGCUUGGUCACAGGUUAUCUAACGGUUCCAAUAUCUGGAGCAAGUCCUACCAUUUCAAGUCAUCACCAUAUCCAGGACAGGACUCAUUACAGCGUGUCGUUAUAUUCGGUGACAUGGGAAAGGCUGAGCGUGAUGGUUCGAAUGAAUACAAUGCCUACCAGCCGGGUUCACUAAAUACCACAGAUCAACUGAUCAAGGACUUGGAUAAAAUUGACAUAGUUUUUCACAUAGGAGACAUUGCCUAUGCCAAUGGAUACAUCUCACAGUGGGACCAGUUUACAUCGCAGGUGGAGCCUAUUGCAUCAGUUGUGCCAUAUAUGAUUGCAAGUGGAAAUCAUGAACGAGAUGUCCCAGGGACCGGAUCCUUCUAUGACGGUAAUGAUUCUGGUGGCGAAUGUGGUGUGCUAGCUGAGACUAUGUUUUAUGUUCCAGCUGAAAACAGAGCUAAGUUCUGGUAUUCAACAGAUUAUGGUAUGUUCCACUUCUGUAUAGCUGACAGUGAGCAUGAUUGGAGGGAAGGCUCUGAGCAGUACAAAUUCAUUGAGAAAUGCCUUGCAUCUGCAGACAGGCAGAAACAGCCUUGGCUGAUAUUCGUCGCUCACCGUGUUCUUGGUUAUACAUCCUCUUCCUGGCGAGAUGGCUCAUUUGGUGAGCCCAUGGGAAGGGAAAGCUUGCAAAAGCUUUGGCAAAAGUACAAGGUGGACAUUGCAUUUUUUGGCCAUGUCCAUAACUACGAAAGAACAUGCCCCAUUUACCAGAAUCAGUGUGUAAAUACAGAAAAAUCGCAUUAUUCGGGAACCGUCAAUGGAACAAUCCAUGUUGUUGUUGGUGGAGGAGGCAGCCACUUAACAGAUUCUGGUCCAGUGCAGACAACUUGGAGCCUCUUCAGAGAUUCUGACUUUGGCUUUGUAAAACUUACGGCAUUUAACCACUCGUCGCUUCUCUUGGAGUACAAGAAAAGCAGUGAUGGGAAGGUCUAUGAUUCCUUCACAAUCUCAAGGGACUACAGGGAUGUCUUGGCAUGCGUUCAUGAUGGCUGUGAACCAACAACUUUAGCUACAUGAUCGAUCAAUUUAUGCGUUCUUGACAGGAAAUUGGCUUUAAUUACAAUUGUAUAAUACAAAAUAUAAAUCUUCUCAAAUUAUUUCUACAUGGACCUUAUUACAAAAAUGUCUUGUUCUUGUCACUCCCCCAUAAUGCCCAUCUUAUCAUUCUGCAUUAUAAAGGAAGAGCUUGUGUUUCCGUUGUAAACUAAAACUACAAUGAAUAUUUACAUCUCUAUGUAUCAAGCAAAAUGCUCUUAUGGUUAAAUUUUCAAA